AUGUGUGCCCUAUGUGUGUCUGUAUGUGUGCCCCUAUGUGUGUCUGUACAUGUGCCCUUACGUGUGUCUGUAAAUGUGACCCUAUGUGUGCAUUUAUGUGUGUCUGUAUGUGUGCCCCUAUGUGUGUAUGUACGUGUGCCCGUACGUGUGUCUGUAUGUGUGCCCCUAUGUGUGUCUGUAUGUGUGCCCCUAUGUGUGUCUGUACAUGUGCCCUUAUGUGUGUCUGUAUGUGUGACCCUACUUGUGCCCCUACGUGUGUCUGUAUGUGUGCCUCUAUGUGUGUCUGUACUUGUGGCCUUACGUGUGUCUGUAUGUGGGACCCUAUGUGUGCCCUUAUGUGUGUCUGUAUGCAUGCCCCUGUGUGUGUCUGUAUGUGUGACCCUGUGUGUGCCCUUACGUGUGUCUGUAUGUGUGACCCUAUGUGUGCACUUAUGUGUGUCUGUAUUUGUGCCCCUAUGUGUGUCUGUAAGUGUGCCCUUAUGUGUGUUUGUAUGUGUGCCCCUACGUGUGUCUGUAUGUGUGUCCCUACGUGUGUCUGUAUGUGUGACCCUAUGUGUGCCCUUACGUGUGUCUGUAUGUGUGACCCUAUGUGUGCCCUUAUGUGUGUCUUUAUGUGUGCCCCUAUGUGUGUCUGUAUGUGUGCCCCUAUGUGUGUCUGUACAUGUGCCCUUAUGUGUGUCUGUAUGUGUGACCCUACUUGUGCCCCUACGUGUGUCUGUAUGUGUGCCUCUAUGUGUGUCUGUACUUGUGGCCUUACGUGUGUCUGUAUGUGGGACCAUAUGUGUGCCCUUAUGUGUGUCUGUAUGCGUGCCCCUGUGUGUGUCUGUAUGUGUGACCCAAUGUGUGCCCUUACGUGUGUCUGUAUAUGUGACCCUAUGUGUGCCCUUAUGUGUGUCUGUAUGUGUGCCCCUAUGUGUGUCUGUAAGUGUGCCCCUAUGUGUGUUUGUAUGUGUGCCCUAUGUAUGUCUGUAUGUGUGA